AUGGAGAUCGAUGAAAGAAGAAACAAAGCUCUAAAUGUUUAUGCUGAAAAGCUUGCUCAACACAGGAAUCUUGAAGCUGAAGUAAAAAAGAUUCGCGAAAAUCAAAAAGAUUUGAAAAAGAAAUAUGAAAAGACAGAAGACGAUCUUAAAGCUCUUCAAUCUGUUGGACAAAUUGUAGGAGAAGUUUUAAAACAAUUGGAUGAUGAACGUUUUAUUAUAAAGGCAAGCAGUGGACCAAGAUAUGUUACCGGAGUUAGAAAAAAGAUUGACAAGGCAAAAUUGAAGCCAGGUACAAGAGUUGCUCUCGAUAUGACUACAUUGACAAUCAUGAGGAUUUUACCUCGAGAAGUGGAUCCUUCUGUUUUCAACAUGAUUGAAUCAAAAGAUGUCAAAUUGGAUAAGACACACUUUAACGAAAUUGGUGGUCUCAAUGAACAAAUUAGAGAAUUAAGAGAAGCCAUCGAACUUCCACUCAUUAACCCAGAAAUUUUCGUGAGAGUUGGUAUCAAGGCACCAAAGGGUGUGUUGUUGUACGGACCUCCUGGUACUGGUAAAACAUUGCUGGCCAGAGCAAUUGCAAGUAAUAUUGAAGCAAACUUUUUGAAGGUUGUGGCCAGUGCCAUUGUAGAUAAAUAUAUUGGAGAAUCCGCUCGUAUUAUCCGUGAAAUGUUUGGAUAUGCUCGUGAUCACCAACCUUGUAUAAUUUUCAUGGACGAAAUUGACGCCAUUGGUGGCAAAAGAUUUUCAGAAGGUACCAGUGCUGAUCGUGAAAUUCAAAGAACGCUCAUGGAAUUGUUGAAUCAAUUGGAUGGUUUCAACGAUGUCGGCCAAGUCAAAUUUAUCAUGGCCACCAAUAGACCUGACGUGCUGGAUACUGCCUUGAUGAGACCUGGUCGUCUCGACAGAAAGAUUGAAAUUUCAUUACCCAAUGAACAAGGAAGAUUGUCCAUUUUACAAAUUCACUCCAAAAGCAUGACCAAACAAGGUGAAAUUGACUAUGAUGCCAUUGUUAAGCUCUCGGACGGAUUCAAUGGAGCCGAUUUACGUAACGUGUGUACUGAGGCUGGUAUGUUUGCUCUCAGAGCCAAGAGAGACUAUGUCAUACAUGAGGACUUUAUGAAAGCUGUUCGAAAGAUGAUGGACAUGAAGAAGUUAGAAACCAAACUUGAAUAUAGCAAGAUUUAA